ACACCACACCACAUCACAUCACUACACCACAAACACACAACACAACCCUUUGCAACUACACCACCUCCACAUCAAGAUACAACUCCAAAAAAACUCCUCUCCCCAUCUCCUCCAUUGUUGAGUCUUUGCAUAAAAAAAUAAAUAAAAAAUAAAAACCACCAACACCAAACCAUGUCUUGCUCAAAUCUAACAAUGUUAAUCUCUCCAAACCCAUCUCUCUCCGAUCCUUCUUCUCUCUCCUUUCGCUCUCUUCUCAACCCUCUUCAACUCCCAACUCAAAACUCACCCACUUCCAUCUCCAAAUCACCCUCAGUGAACCCAAUUCACUGUGGCCUCCGCGAGCUUCGCAAACGCAUAGACUCUGUCAAAAACACUCAGAAGAUCACUGAAGCAAUGAAGCUUGUCGCUGCAGCGAAAGUUCGAAGAGCACAAGAAGCUGUUGUUAAUGGCAGACCCUUCUCAGAGACUCUAGUCGAAGUUCUUUACAACAUCAAUGAACAGCUUCAAACAGAUGACAUUGAUGUGCCUCUCACCAAUGUCAGGCCUGUCAAGAAAGUAGCUCUGGUGGUUGUCACAGGCGAUCGAGGCCUCUGUGGCGGUUUCAACAAUGCAAUUAUUAAGAAAGCUGAAUCAAGAAUGGCUGACUUGAAGAAUUUGGGUCUUGAUUACACUGUAAUCAGUGUUGGAAAAAAGGGUAAUUCUUAUUUUCUUCGCAGGCCUUAUAUUCCAGUGGACAGGUUUCUCGAAAGAGGCAAUCUUCCUACUGCAAAAGAAGCUCAGGCGAUCGCUGACGAUGUUUUUUCGCUCUUUAUAAGCGAAGAAGUCGACAAAGUUGAGCUUUUAUACACCAAAUUCGUGUCGUUGGUUAAGGCCGAUCCGGUGAUUCAUACGCUACUUCCUCUGUCUCCCAAGGGAGAGAUUUGUGAUGUGAAUGGAAACUGUGUUGAUGCAACAGAAGAUGAGUUUUUCAGGUUGACGACGAGGGAAGGGAAAUUGACAGUGGAAAGAGAUGUGGUGCACACUCAAACGAUCAAGUUUUCGUCUAUCUUACAAUUCGAGCAAGACCCGGUUCAGAUUCUUGAUGCUUUGUUGCCUUUGUAUUUGAACAGCCAAAUCUUGAGGGCAUUGCAGGAGUCAUUGGCUAGUGAGCUUGCUGCUAGGAUGAGUGCUAUGAGCAAUGCCACCGAUAAUGCGGUCGAGUUGAAGAAGUCACUGUCAAUUGUGUAUAAUAGGCAGCGACAGGCAAAGAUUACAGGAGAGAUUUUGGAGAUUGUUGCUGGAGCUAAUGCUUUAGUCUAAUAAUCUAAGUGGGUGAAGUGAAAAAGUUUCCUGUUUUUUAGUCUAUGAUUGUUUUUUUUUUUUGUGUAAAAAACUUGUUGUAACAACAACCACUACAAUUGUGUUUUGGAACAGAAAGGGGAUUCCACUCAUCUUUGUAUGUUGCUUUUUGCCCCCUUCAAAUAUAUAAUAUACUUGUAUUAUUUGGAGCUAUCA